AGCCCAAAUAAUAAAUACGUGUUCUAAGCAUUCAUGUGUUUAUAAACCCUAAAUUAAACCAAGCUUGACAUUUGUGAGACCGUAAAACCCUAAAUUUCAAAAACACAUUUCACCGGAGCAGAGUGUGAUGGGGAGCGACAGUGAAGGAGAGAAAUCGGUGCAAAAAGAGAGAGAGAAGAAGAAGAUGCUUGCGUUGUCUCCCAUUGCUAAACCUCUUGCUGGGAAGAAGCUUUCUAAGAAAACACUCAAGCUUGUUCGUAGAGCGGCUGAAAACAAGUGCAUAAAGAGAGGAGUAAAGGAGGUGGUUAAGAGUAUAAGGCGAGGUCAAAAAGGUGUUUGUGUUAUAGCUGGUAACAUAUCGCCAAUCGAUGUCAUCGCUCAUGUUCCUGUUUUGUGUGAAGAGGCUGAGAUUCCGUAUGUAUACGUACUAUCUAAAGAAGACCUUGCAACCGCAACCGCGGGAGUAACUAAGAGGCCCACUUGUUGUGUUCUAGUGAUGACAAAGCCUUCAAAGGGUGAACUAGAACAAGGAGUACAAGAGAAACUAAAAUCAGAGUUUGAUCAAGUUGCAUCCGAAAUCACUGAACUUACAACUUCACUGUUUUGAAACCAACACAAAUGUUGUACUUUAGGUUACAAUGGUUCAACAUAUGGGCAGUGUACUGCAAUCAUUUGAUCUAUGGGUUUAGCUAUUUUUCUAUUUUCUUAUUAUAAAGGUUGUUUGAUCAAUCCCCUGGUAUCAAACGAGGGAAACUGAAAAUUCUCACCUAUCUUGAUUAGUUAGAUUUUGCAAGAAAAAUUGUGUACACUAAUUAUACUAUAAUAUGUAAAUUAUACAUAAUAAAUUUAUCUUAUAAAAUAAUAUUGUUGUACUAUA